CACCUGGACCGUAAAUAUCGUCAGCGACUCGUCUCCCACAAUGGCACCUCCCCAACGUCCUUCCUUGCAGAAUGUUGCGCCCACUCUCCAGCGCCCGCCUCCAAUUCACCUCGCGCUUCUGGCGGCAUUCCCAGCGUCAUGUUCACCAUAAACAUCCCAUCCAACCACCACACCAUGUGCAAUCCCUCGCCUUCUCCUCCACCCCCGCCCGCCGCUUCGACAGCCUGAUGGACACGACCAACUUCACCGAAACCCAACUCACCGUCCGCUCCGCAAUCGCGACCCUGUGCUCCAAGUUCCCCCCGUCCUACUGGCAACACCACGACGCGACCGAAACCGACCCAACAGACUUCCACGCCGCCCUCGCCGCCGACGGCUGGCUGGGGAUCGCAUUACCGGAAUCACUCGGCGGGUCCGGGCUCGGCAUCUCCGAGGCGACCAUCAUGAUGCAGACGAUAGCGGAAUCCGGGGCGGGUAUGGCGGGCGCGCAGGCCAUCCACGCAAACGUGUACGCGACGCAGCCGCUGGCCAAGUUUGGGCGCAGGGAGCAGGUCGAGGAGACGAUCCCGCGCAUCGUCGACGGGACGUGGAGGACGUGUUUUGGGGUUACGGAACCGAAUGCGGGGUUGGAUACGUUGAGGCUGAGUACGACGGCGACGAGGACCCAGGAUGGGAGCGCGUAUGCGAUUUCCGGGCAGAAGAUAUGGAUUACGUGUGCGCAGGUAGCGAGGAAGAUGAUUUUGCUGGCGAGGACGAAGGCGAGGGAGGAGGUGGGGAAGCCGUCCGAGGCGCUGAGUCUGUUUUGUAUUGAUCUCGACCGGAACUCGCCAGGCCUCAGUAUGAGGAAGAUUCGGAAGAUGGGAGGUCGGGCUGUCGAUGCGAAUGAGGUCUUCUUCGACAAUUACGUCGUUCCCUCGUCCGCCCUCAUCGGCGAGGAAGGUCAGGGGUUCAAGAUCAUCCUCCAUGGCAUGAAUGCAGAGCGGUGCUUGCUAGCUGGUGAGGCGCUGGGACUGGGCUAUGCAGCGCUUAACCGCGCGGCAAAGUAUGCGAGGGAGAGGGUGGUGUUUGAACGGCCCAUCGGCAUGAACCAGGGGAUUGCCCACCCGCUUGCGGACGCGUACAUGAAGCUCGAAGCCGCGAAGUUGGCGACGUACCAUGCAGCACAGUUGUACGAUGCGUCGACCACCGAUCCGAGUAUCAAGCAGGACGCCGUGGGCAUCGCAGCGAACAGCGCAAAGUACGUCGCAGCUGAGGCGGCGUUUACUGCGUGCGAGAGGGCGGUGCUGACGCAUGGAGGGAUGGGGUAUGCGGCCGAGUAUGAUGUAGAGAGGUGGUUGAGGGAAUGCUUCGUCCCGCGAAUUGCGCCGGUGAGUAGGGAGAUGGUGUUGAACUUUAUGUCGGAGAAGGUGUUGGGCCUGCCUAGGAGUUACUGAAUGAGCGGGCGGUAGGGUGGAUGUACUGUGGAACUGCAUCGAUAGCCCGUGGUUUUGAAGAUGGUGUUGUAUACCAUUUAGCAAGCGGCAUGCCCUGGGAACGAGUUAUGCGAUCCACGAGCGUGGUGUGGCGGAACAUGUAAAUUCCGAUUGAGGAUGGACUUACGUUUUCUGUGCGGAGUGUGUACCGCUUUAAUGAAAGACAUACAAGGUCACUUCGACGAGAGAAGAG